AUGUAUUGCUCGUCGACUUACCUUGAAGAAGGCGUUGUCACGUCCGAAAAAGUUGUGUUGUUCCUCUGCGAUAAACCGCCCGAUAGCUACUGCAAGGUGUUUGUGAGGGGGCGGCUGAUUGAGGAGCGCAUCAUUAAAUGUCAGGAAGAAGCGGAAAGCGUGCUGGAAAGCGUGGAAGCUACCAAACUCUGUAUUGGUGCUCUGAAUGCCAAAGAUUAUGACACCUGCUUUUUAACAGCAGGACUCCAGAAGCAGCUCAAAGUCAAGCAUGCGACGUAUUUCAGCAUCAACUGCAGCGGCAAAGUAACAACCAAAGGUGGACAGUGCAUGAGCUGCAAAUACUUCAGGAAGGCUCUCUUGACAAGGAGGUCAAGAGUACAACGAACACCUUCCAGGGCUUCCAAAAGUGUUGCCCAAAGGCUGAGGUUCCUUUCACGUAAAAACAAGCGCUUCGCUUCACGGAUUUCCACAAUGAGGGAAGAUGUUGAAAAGAUGCGGGCAUCCAAUGCAGCAGUAGCCGAAGAGACUCUAAGUGAGCAGAUUUCGAAGCUUCCCCAGAAGCAACAAGAAUGUGUCAGACAAUGCUUUGCCGCAGCAGCAGCAAAAAAAAAAGGUUUCCGCUAUAGCAAGCUGUGGAUCCGGGAAUGCAUCAUAAUGAAAAUGAAGAGUUCUCACCUUUAUGACCACAUCAGGGACAAUGAAAUACUCUCCCUUCCGAGCAAAUCAACACUGAAACAAUACACGGCUCUGUACAAAUCAGCAUUUGGCUUCAGCAAAAAAGUGUUGGAAGAAUUGAAGAACAAGACGCGAGACGUGGACCCAUUCAAAAAGCACGGCGGACUUCUUGUAGAUGAGCUCAAGCUUGCAGAGCAUAUAUCUGUGAAGCAGUCAGGUCAAAUCGAAGGGUAUGUAGAUUUAGGACCGUUCACUUCUGCAGCAGACAGGACCACGCAUUCGGAUCACGGCAUGGUGAUCCUAUUUGUUCCGUUCGUCGGUGGAUGGACGCAAGUGAUCGGGACAUUUGCAACCAGAGGCAACAUCAAAGGCGAUUUGCUAGCUCAAAUAAUGGUAGAGGCCACAGUGCUUACUGAGAAGAGCGGGCUUUUUGUUGACUUUAUAACGUGUGACGGCGCCACUUGGAACCGUCGGAUGUGGACAUUGCUCGGUGUAAAGGGAACGCGUGGCAGUAAGUGCAAAGUGAAACAUCCAGUUGAUGAAAGCCGUUAUUUGCACUUUGUAUCGGACUUUCCCCACCUCAUAAAGUGCUUGCGGAACAGACUUUUGAAGUGCUCAUUUAACACACCAGACGGGGAUGUGUCGUUGUGGCAUGUCAAGAAAGCCUACGAGCUUGACUUCAAGAGCCCUACGUUAAAGGCAAUGCCAGGAAUAACCAAGUGCCACGUGCAGCCAACUUCAUUCGAGCAGCAGAGAGUUUCCUACGAUUUCCAACUGUUUGGGGAGAGAGUUCUUCAAGGGCUCCUCCACCUUUACAAGGAUAAAAUUGAGGCAAAGACAGGACCCAUAAAUAGCACACAGGAGUUUUUUGAAGUAGAUGUUCUGAUUGCUUCGGGGAAUUUACCUGAAGCCGAAGUGGUGUUGUCUUCGAUGGAGCAUGACGAGCACAUACAGAGGAGCGACUCUCGCCUAAUUUACUAUGUGGCGAGAUACGUUGCACGAAAGUGCGUAAUGAAAACUAACUGCCAAGACUGCAUGGAUGCUCUCACCGGGCCAUCUGAAGAUGAGAAUCCUGGGCUUGCUGCGCUGACGCUGCACAAGGAUCGAGGUGGACUUCUCUAUCCACGCGGCACACUCUUUUCGUUUGCAAAAAUGCUUGAAGACAUGUUUACAGAACACUUCAGCAAGAAAGAACUGCAUGCUGAUAGCAUAUUGGAUGUGCUGAGUCUGGUGAGGGCAAAGUGCACACGCCAAAUAGGCUGCAGUGAGCAUUCAGCUCGGCUCACCAAGGAUGUAAUCAGCUUUUACAUCACAACGCAGCUUCAUUUCUUUGCAAAGGGCAUUAAUUCUGAGAAACUGGAUAAGAGGAAGAGCAUGACACACCGGAAGAUUGCGAAAACUUAA